AUGAGCACGCACAGAAGCACCAAUUGUCAGCCCAGCAAUUUGCAAGGUUCUGAAUAUCCAGAGGGAAGAAGGAAAGGAGACAAUGUCACCCGUGGUCUUUUUGUCGUCAUAGAAGGUCUUGAUAGAGCUGGAAAGGACACAAUGAUUGGGCAAGUAGUAGCUCUACUAAGGCAGGCCGGGGAGUCUGUCGUGGUACAAGCGUUCCCAGACCGCACAACCAAAUCCGGUGCCGUCUUGGACCGCUUUUUGCAACGAGAGCUCGAUCUCAGUGACUGGGACUGUCACAGGCUAUACGCUGAAAACAGAAAAGAACUCGAAGAAGUGCUAUGCAAUACAUUGCUGGCUGGAACAACGGUAAUCUGCAGUCGUUAUGCCUAUAGCGGUGUAGCAUACACGGCUGCUAAGGGGCAUGAUAUGCGUAGAUGUAUGGAGGCAGACAAAGGCCUUCUACGACCAGAUUUAGUAAUCUUUCUUGACGUCGAUGCAAGUGCCGUUGCAGUGCGAACUGGCUUUGGAAAGGAACGUUACGAAACACAGGACUUCCAAGUAAAGGUCUAUACUGCUUUCCAAACACUUUGGGAGCUUCUUCGCAAUUCUCAAAAUGGGUCCCAGGAUGAGGAAGAUCGUACUACUUUGCUCACCAUCCGUCCCGAAGACAUCUCCGAGGCUCCCAAGCAGAUCCUACAGGCCAUUCUUGAGCGUAAGAAGAGGGUCCGGCACACCCUAUGCAGAGACUUAUUUCAUUUAGAAUUGAAUUUGUGUUAG